AUGUUCACUGGUACUCCACGGCAGGAUUCCUGUGAUGUCGAUGCUAUACGUGGUUUCAUUGUUUACUUUCGUGACGUCGUCCUUUCAGUAGCAGAUCGUGAUAAAACAAGUGGUGGUGUUGGAGGAGGAGCAGCACGCGUUGUCGCCAGAACGAUUCCCGGCCCUUCAGCGAAUAUGGAAAGAGCCCAGAGUGGUGGUGUAUCUGCAGGGCAAGCUGCUAUGCAGGCAUUGCAGAAUCUUUCGGAACGAGGAGAAAAACUGAGUGCAACUGUGGAUGCGACCGAAAAUCUUCGUAACAAUGCCAUGAACCUCUCACAACGAACUGGGAAAUUGGUGGAGAAAAUGGAAAAGAAGAAAUGGUACAACUUCUAG